AUGAGCCACUCGGUCGUCGCGCUGCUGCUGCCGCUGCUGCUGCUGGUGGUGGGCCUUCCAGCGCUGGCCAAUGCCAUGCACGUGACGGUCCCGUCGGGCGCGACCGAGUGCUUCUCGGUCGAAGCAGACAGCUUCAAAGAGGGCAUCUCGCUCAACUACGAAGCGCUGCGUGGCGUAGCAGACGAACUCAAGACGGAGCUGCUGGACGGCAAACAUAAGGUGGUCUACACCCGCAACGGCGCGUCAGGGCGGUACGUGAGCCCCAUUGGCGAGGUCGGGACGCACUCGGUGUGCUUCAACAACGAGCACGCGAGCGCGGGCGAUGUGGUGAUCGGCUUCUCCUUCCACGCCGACGAUCCGAGUCACGAGGUGCUCUCGAACGCGGACGCCACAAAGAUCAAGCACGUGCAGGAGCUCGAGGACAUUGUGUACGAGCUGAGCGUGAAUCUCGACACCGUCAAGGACACGCAAGCGUUCAUGAAGGCCAUCGCAAACUACCACGACGAGCUGAUCACGAGCACACACAGUCGCGUCAUGUGGUGGACGUUCGUCGAGAUGGUCGUACUCACGGCCGUCUCGUUCGCCCAGCUGUCGUUCUUGCGACGCGCGCUCGAGGUGCGACGUAUCCUGUAG